AUGACGGCCGACAGCGGGAGCACGUCGUACCAGUGCAGCCCCUCUGAGCUGGAGUUCGGGCAUUGCAAUUCGGUGAUCAGUCCCGUCUCCUCGGCCAGGAGCGUCCGGGAGGUGUGUUGGAAACCCUCCGAGAUGCUGGCAACGGCCGCGACCAAGCCUGCCAUGUCGACCAAGAGCGCGCGCAAGGCGUGGUGGAGGUCUCCCAAGUUACUUGCGACGGCCCUGGCCAUGACGCUCGUCAUGGGCCUCGGGUCGUGGCGCUUCUCCAACGACGAGCAGGCGAGCCAGGACCAAUUCCGCGCGGCGGUCCAGGGCUUGGCCGUGACCUACGCCGAGGAGCUCGCACGCCAGGUCCGGACCUCGAUCAGCUCGACGCACGCCAUUGCGGCCAUGCUGCAAGUGGACGACGCCAACUUCACGCAGAACGGCUUCGAGACGAUCGCGGCGAUGCUGAUCGAGACGUACGGGGGCAUCUCCAACUUACAGCUCGCGCCCUUUGGCAAGGUCACCGCCAUCGUGCCCCUCGUCGACGCCACGCAGGACAACCGCGCAGUGCUGGGCCACAACCUCCUCGUGGACCCGGACCGGCGUCUCGGGGCCCUGCAGACCAUCCAAAGCCGCCAGACCCUCGUGCUCGGUCCGCUCCAGCUGAAGCAGGGCGGCGCGGGGAUCAUUGUCCGGCACCCCGUGUUCACGCGUUUUGCGCCCGAGUUCGUCCCCAGCGAGCCGUUUCUGGCGGGCGGCGAGGUGUACACCGUGGACUGCUCGACCCCGGCGCUCCAGCGCGAGAACUGCUACUUCCCCGGCCCCGACGUGGAGGUGGCGGGCGUGCAGGAGCCGACCUACUUCUUCGCCUUUGCCACGAUGAUCUCCUUCGUCCCAACGCUGCUCGGCCCCGUCCAGCUCGAGCGCCUCGCUGACGGCGGACACAACGUUGAGGGCACGACCCGCUUCGCCUACCAGCUCCAGAUGCGGGUGCCGCACCCGUCGCUGGAGGACGUGCAGGGCGUAUUCGCGCACUCGCCCGACCACCCCCCAGGCGCGGUGCUGCCGGACCCCGUCGAGGCGGCGGUGUCGUUGCCCGAGGUUGGGCUCGAGUGGUCUCUGCGUGUGGCGCCAGCGGAGGGCUGGCCGGCCGUCAGCGCUGAGUUCUGGACGCAGCUGGCGCUGCUCGUGUUGCUGACCUGCAUCACCGGGCUUGUGCUCGGCGGCCUCAUCAUCGGGAAUGUGCGGGAGACGUUGAAGCGCGCAGCGGAGCUCGAGGUCUACCGCGACCGUAAGCUCCGCUCCCAGGUCGCGGCAGCGACGAGCGACACCAUGCGGAGCCGGUUCCCAAUGUGCGUCAUGCAGGUGAGCGAGUUCAAGCGGGUCGGCCGGCUCUUGUCGCACGAGGAGGCCCGAGACCAGGGUUCGCUGGUCUUUCUCGAUACCACUGCCAAGAUGGAGAGCCUCAAGCAGGAGGGCGAUAUCGCCUUCUUCAGCCACCAGUGGACGAGCUUCGUCGAUCCGGACCCGAGCGGGAAGCACUACGCGGCCAUGGUCUCCGCGCUCGACGCGUUGGCCGCCACGGGAUGGCCCUGCACCCACGUGUGGGUGGACUACCACUCGAUCCCGCAGGCCAACCGCGACCAGCAGCAGAACGCCAUCAACUCGCUCUCGCUCUACGUCGCCUGCAGCCGCAUCUUCGUCGCCGUUACGCCGACGUGCACGCACCAGGAGCUGGGGGAGACGUUGGACACGGCGAGCUACCGCCGCCGCGGCUGGUGCCGCGUCGAGCAGCUUAGCUUCCUGGCGACAAACACUCAGUCGCUGAGCGCCUUCGUCUACGAUGGGUGCGGGCUGCAGCCGCUCUGGGCCUCGACGGAGGACCACGCCAUGUCUCUCGGUAUCUUUGAGGGCGACUUCACUUGCUGCCGCCGCAAGCACUGCAACGGCCUGCGGUGCGACAAGCAGCGGCUCGUAAACGUGAUGCUGGCCAUGUACUGGGAGCUGCUCCACGCCCAGGCCACCUCACCAGACGCAUCGGCCCUGGUUGCGCUGCUCGCCGACGAGCCGCGCUUCUUCCCGGUCAACGCGCAGCAGCUCCGGCUGGCGGCCGACGGGUCGCUCUGGGAGGCCGAGGUCGAGCUUUUUGGGGAUUUGCUGCCAGUGUUGCACGAGCUCUUCGAGCACCCCGAGCUCCUUCCCAACCGAGGCCUGGAGGAGACGGCGGGCGCUGAGACAGAACCCGUGGAGCCUGAGGUGUGUGGCGACUUGGAGAUGUUGUGA